UUCUAAAAAACCCGCGUCGCGCAUGUUGUCAUGACAACCACCAAGACCCAAGUACGCCGAAAUUCAAUAUAUUUAACACGGUUAAUUUUUACAUCUUAAACUUAAACUAUAAACAAAAAUCAUGUCUAAAGUAGCAAAUGUUAAUUCCAGUUUUGCGUACGAAAUCUUAAUGUAUCUAAACUCAUUUUAUUUAGGAAUGUUUUUCGUUUGCGAAGUGGCCAUGGGUAUUUUAAAAGCGAUAAAUGUAUCCUACCCAGAAAAUGCUUUAUUGACUGAAGCUGGUAUAUUUUGUGCGUUAUGUUUGGUAGAAGUCAUGCGUAUAUUUCUUGGCAGGAGAGGAAACCUUGCUAGUAAAAAGAUACCUGUAUUUUUCUCAGUCAUCCUUACAAUACCAUCAGCUGUUGGAGUAUGCUAUUUUCUCAUUUAUCAAACAUAUAUUCUAAGACUUGAAUACAUUUGGUGUGCUGUAAUGUUAAUAUUUCAUGCAUUAGAGCUAGCUUUUGCUAUUCUCUUCAUUUUUACUGUGUGUAAAAAUCAUCAGUAUGAAUAGAAUAGGUUUAAAAGUACCUCCUUGCCAAAAAAAUAUUAAUUUUCAUCCUACUACAUUCCCCAGGGACUCUUUCUUUUAUAAAUUUAUUAAAGGAGGUAAACAAUGAAACUUGAAAAAUAAUGUUUAUGAAAACUGUCCAGUUUAUUUAUAAAAUAUGCAAUUUUUUUACCAUAUUCAUAAAAACUAAAUCAGUCUCAUUAUGCUGUAUAAGAGUUUUUACCAGAACAUGAACACAAAACAAAUAGUAGUUAAGUUUUUAAGACUGAAUGAAGUCUUUGUUAUGAAGAGCUUGGAUUUCAUAAUAAAAUGUCUUUACCAAGCCAAGCCAAAAAAUUUUUAAGAUCACAUUAUGUAAAUAAUCAUUCAUAAUAAGUCUUAACUAUUAACAGUACCAUAAUUCUGAUAAAUGUAACUUUGAGUUGGCUAAAAUAAGCACAAAAUAAUAAUUAAGGAAAUAAAAUUAUAACAAUGUU